UCUGAAUAACUUCUGUUCCUGGGGAAGUCUUCCUGGACAUAUCCAGCUUGGAAAGGAUUCUCCCUCAGGCUCACGAGAGAAGCAUGUCCCCUCUCUGGAACCUUUCGUCUCUUUUAGUUCUCCUCAGGACCUGGCUGCCCAGAUCAUGGUGGCUUCCUGCACAUCACCUGGUAGAGAUUGGAGGCGGCUUUGCUCUCUGCCUCUGCAACAUUUUGGAGGAGGCUUUCCUGGACUUGAGGGUUGUGGGCUGCUAGGUUAAUUUCACAGCCAGUUUUCCAGGUCCCCUAACCUCUGACCUGGACCAUCAGUCCUGCUCAAGGUGGUGGUGGUAGAGGGGUCUCUGUUACACUCUGCAGUCCCUGCACCCCUCCAAUUUCUGACGAGCCCCACACCCUGCAUGCUCCAGUGACCUAGGGUGCUCAGGGCCUCCACAGUGUGGACCUGGCUCAGCCCUUUGGGUGUUUUGUGUUCUCAGUAUUACUCUCAAGGAUCCCUGGGACUGCUGGUAGGGUUCUGGUUGAUAGGGGGAGCAGGAGAGAAUGCCGAGGAACAGAUCCUGGAGGGCACCACAAACUAGAGGAAGGAAGGAGGGAAUCUGGGUGGAGAGGUGUGGACAGGUGAGUUUCACUUGCAGCCUUGUAGCCAGGAGAAAGGUUCAACCUGAAGGGUAGAGGAAGAGCCCAAGAAUAGUCUCUUUUUGCCCUUGUCACUUCUCCGUCUUGCCUCCCUCCAGCUGUGUUAUCUCCAAAACCAACCCCUCCCCCACUUAGUUCCCCAACCCUGACCCUGAGUGUUUGAUUUGGAACAGGCUGACAAAGGAUUACGUGGGCCACUUAACGUCCAGGUUUCUGCCUCAGCCCCACCUCCUGAGCCUGGCCUAACCUGGCUCCCUCCAGCUUCAGCUCCACCCCCACCCAACCCUCUGUCCUUGGCUGAUUGUCUUCAAUGUACCCAUCAUGGCUCUGGCCCAGCAGCACCAACCAGAGACCAGGAAUCUCCAGAGGCUGUAAGAGGCAUCCUGCACCCAGGUCCUGUCUAUUUAUCCUUCUAGCUCUCAUUCUGUGUUCCAAAUCAAUAGCCUGAAGACGGCCCAGAAGCUUUAGCUAUGACUGUCUUCAUUAUUUUGUCCCUGUGUAGUGUUCUGGCGACAGGCAUGGGUGAUGGUGGGACUGGGAGUGAGGAAGGAGUUGAGAGGGAAAGUAAACCUGGCCAACCUCCCCACUGCCCCUCCAUAUCUCCCAGUGCCCAGCCCUGGACACACCCUGACCAGAGCCAGCUAUUUGCAGACCUGAACCAAGAGGAGCUGACGGCCGUGAUGAGCUUUCUGACCCAGCAGCUGGGGUCAGGCUUUGUCGAUGCAGCCCAGGCCCGCCCCUCUGACAACUGCGUCUUCUCGGUGGAGCUGCAGCUGCCCCCCAAGGCUGCAGCCCUGGCCCACCUGGACCGGGGGCGCCCUCCGCCUCCUCGGGAGGCAUUGGCCAUCGUCUUUUUUGGUGGACAGCCCCAGCCCAACGUGAGUGAGCUGGUGGUGGGGCCACUUCCGCACCCCUCCUACAUUCGGGAUGUGACCGUGGAGCGUCACGGGGGCCCCCUGCCUUAUCACCGACGCCCCGUGCUGAUCCGAGAAUACCUGGACAUAGACCAGAUGAUCUUCAGCAGAGAGCUGCCCCAGGCUACUGGUCUUCUCCACCAUUGCUGCUUCUACCAACGCCAAGGAAGGAACCUCGUAACGAUGAACACAGCCCCCCGAGGUUUGCAAUCAGGAGACCGAGCCACCUGGUUUGGCCUCUACUACAACAUCUCAGGGGCUGGGUUUUACCUGCACCCCGUGGGGCUGGAGCUGCUGGUAGACCACAAGGCUCUGGACCCUGCCCGCUGGACCAUCCGGAAGGUGUUCUUCCAAGGACGCUACUAUGAGAGCCUGGCCCAGCUGGAGGACCAGUUUGAAGCCGGCCUGGUGAAUGUGGUGCUGAUCCCAAACAAUGGCACAGGUGGGUCCUGGUCCCUGAAGUCCCCGGUGCCCCCAGGUCCGGCUCCGCCUCUGCAGUUCUAUCCGCAGGGUCCCCGCUUCAGUGUCCAGGGGAGUCAAGUGGCCUCCUCGUUGUGGACUUUUUCCUUUGGCCUUGGAGCUUUCAGUGGCCCGAGGGUCUUUGACAUCCGCUUCCAGGGAGAACGACUAGCCUAUGAAAUCAGCCUCCAAGAGGCCUUGACCAUCUAUGGUGGAAAUACUCCCUCAGCAAUGCUGACCCGCUAUAUCGAUGGUGGCUUUGGCUUGGGCAAGUACGCUUCACCCCUGACCCAUGGGGUGGACUGCCCCUACAUGGCCACCUACAUGGACUGGCACUUCCUUUUGGAGUCCCAAGCCCCCAAGACAAUACGAGAUGCCUUUUGUGUGUUUGAACAGAACCAGGGCUUCCCCUUGAGGCGACACCACUCAGAUGUUUACUCCCACUAUUUUGGGGGCCUUACAGAGACAGUGCUGGUUGUCAGAUCUGUGUCUACCAUGCUCAAUUAUGACUAUGUGUGGGAUAUGGUCUUCCACUCCAAUGGGGCCAUAGAAGUCAAAUUCCAUGCCACGGGCUACAUCAGCUCAGUGUUCCUCUUUGGUGCUGCCCGAAGGUAUGGGAACCAGGUUGGGCAGCACACGCUGGGCACCGCCCACACCCACAGCGCUCACUUCAAGGUGGACCUGGAUGACUUGGUGGCCUGGGUGACAGCCGGUUUCCUGCACAUCCCACAUGCAGAGGACAUCCCCAACGCGGUGACUGUGGGGAAUGGAGUGGGCUUCUUGCUCCGACCCUACAACUUCUUUGACCAGGACCCCUCCUCUGAUUCUGCUGACUCCGUCUACUUCCGGGGGGACCAGGAUGCAAAGGCCUGCGAGGUCAACCCCCUGGCUUGCCUCCCCCAGGCUGCUGCUUGUGCUCCCUACCUCCCUGCCUUCUCUCACGGGGGCUUCUCUCACAACUAGGCGAUCCCUGGGGUGGGGAAUGUGUCCGGGACCCCAAGAUCAGGGAGUUUGGGUAGGGGGAGCAGUGGGCACUGGGCUAGGAAGCCUGGUGCACUUUUCUUCUUCCUCACACCCUGAGGUCCCCUCCUCCCCCCAUCCGCCCCACGUUCUUCUCUCUCCCAACUUCCGCUCUUGCAUCCCCCUCUCUACGGGGAGCAUCCUGAGCCUGAUGCCUGACACACGGGGACUCAGCUUUGUCAGCUUUGUCGCCACCAAACCUGCUGGGUUCCCAUCCCAGAGAGGAGAGGAAUGGCCAGCCGGGAGCUGGGAGUGAUGGCCAAGAUUUCCCCAGUUUUUCUAACAGUUUUUUAAUCUUAUUUUUUAUAAUGAGAUAUAAUUCACAUACCAUAAAAUUCACCCUGUUAAUGUGCGUGUA